UUGGCUUUAGCCGUAGCUUAUAAAAAAUAAGUUAACUAAAACACAUUUAUUUUUUAUAAGUUAGCUGUAACUUAUGGCGACGUCUUUAGACGUCUGUAGCUAAUACAGUCAGUGACGUGUAAAAUGUUACGAUUCCAGGAAACGUUAGUUGUUUAUUCCCACCCGUAUUCUGACAAAUCCGCUCUUACUUCCGUGUUCUGUUUGCGUGUAUGGGCGAAUAAGACGAAAGAAGGAAGCGUUUGAACAAAUCCUCGCACAGACAGCGGGAACGCGCCAUCCAAUCGCAGGGCAGGGGGCGGGGUUUUGUUCGAAAGUGGGUUUGAGGAACAAAAACAUGACAGCCGAGGAAGUGGGAGAAGUUAAAAUCAGCUUCAUAUGCUAACUUUUUAUAGAAAAGGAGUUAAAUUCAGUGGAAUAUACAAGAUGAUUUUACACCGUGUUGUUUACGGGCUGCUUUCGGUGUUGGUGUGUUUAAGCGACGCCAGAAUCCAUCACCUCACUUUGAAGAAUGAAACACGGUUCCUCGUCCACCUUAACACCUUUGGAUACUUCGCUAACGGCACUCUGGAGGUCAAAAUGCUGUCUCUACAACUUCCUAAAGAGAACAAUGGAGAUCCACCCUCCCAUAUGAUGGGCUUCAGUCUGGCCAGGUCCCGGGUAAAUGGUGUGCUUUCUUACACAACAGAGGACACGGACCAGUGCAUGCUGCUCAAACCCAAGAACGAUGACAAUAUGGUUUUGUUCCUCAUCGAUCCGAGAAAGAAGAGAGUCAGUGUGAAGUCGUUUGGUGUGAAGGACAGUACCUUACAGGCUCGGCUGGACGGUGAAGCAAGUGUCUCUCGAAAGAAGAGAGAUGAACCCAUGCUCAAGCCUGCUAAUGGACAGAACCCUGAGGAGAAUAAUGCAGAGAACGGGAAUAAAGAGAAAGAGUCAAAAGAACCAGCUAGUAAAGUUAAAGGGUCCGAAGACUUGGCUAUUAAAGGUAAAGGGUCCGAAGACACGGCUAGUAAAGGUAAAGGGUCCGAAGACUCGGCUAGUAAAGGUAAAGGGUCUGAAGACACGGCUAGUAAAGGUAAAGGGUCCGAAGACACGGCUAGUAAAGGUAAAGGGUCUGAAGACCCGGCUAGUAAAGGUAAAGGGUCUGAAGACACGGCUAGUAAAGGUAAAGGGUCCGAAGACUCGGCUAGUAAAGGUAAAGGGUCUGAAGACCCGGCUAGUAAAGGUAAAGGGUCCGAAGACACGGCUAGUAAAGGUAAAGGGUCUGAAGACACGGCUAGUAAAGGUAAAGGGUCCGAAGACUCGGCUAGUAAAGUUAAAGGGUCUGAAGACCCGGCUAGUAAAGGUAAAGGGGCCGAAGACACGGCUAGUAAAGGUAAAGGGUCUGAAGACCCGGCUAGUAAAGGUAAAGGGUCUGAAGACACGGCUAGUAAAGGUAAAGGGUCCGAAGACACGGCUAGUAAAGGUAAAGGGUCCGAAGACACGGUUAGUAAAGGUAAAGGGUCUGAAGACACGGCUAGUAAAGGUAAAGGGUCUGAAGACACGGCUAGUAAAGGUAAAGGGUCUGAAGACACGGCUAGUAAAGGUAAAGGGUCUGAAGACACGGCUAGUAAAGGUAAAGGGUCCGAAGAGAAGAAGAAUGAAAAUCCACCUAAAGAGGACCCUGCUGUGAAGACCACAUCUCUUAUCCAGUUGAAGAACAUAAACAAUGUGACGUUGGUCCUGGAUCAACAUGAAGACACCUACAACUUCACAUUUUAUUUCAUUAUGGGUGCUCAGGAUCAGGGCCUCUACAACCUGAACUUUCAUUACUGCUCCAGCAGCAGGCCUGGUGCCAUCAGCCCCUACUCUCUGAGUGUGGAGAUCAAAGAGAGGAACCCAGAUGGCUUUCUUUCAGCUGCUGAUCUUCCUCUACCACGUCUCUACAUUAGCAUGGCUGCCCUGUUCCUAAUGGCAGCCAUCAUCUGGACAUCAACACUGCUCAAACACAAGUACAGCGUGUUUAAGAUCCACUGGCUGAUGGCAGCACUUACCUACACCAAAGCCGUGUCCUUGGUUUUCCACAGUAUUAACUAUCACUUUAUCAACAUGGAGGGGCAUCCUAUUGAAGGCUGGGCUGUAAUGUACUACAUCACUCACCUCCUGAAGGGGGCGCUGUUAUUCAUCACCCUGGCCCUGAUAGGAACAGGCUUUGCCUUUAUCAAAUACAUCCUCUCUGACAAGGAGAAGAAGAUCUUCAUGAUUGUCAUCCCUCUGCAGGUGUUGGCUAACGUGGCGUACAUCAUCAUCGAGGAGACAGAGGAGGGCUCGAGUGAGUACGCACUGUGGAGGGAGAUCCUGUUCCUCGUAGACCUCAUCUGCUGUGGAGCUAUCCUCUUCCCCGUCGUCUGGUCGAUUCGACACUUGCAGGAAGCCUCUACUACAGAUGGCAAAGCUGCAAUGAAUCUGGAGAAGCUGAAGCUCUUCAGGCAUUACUAUGUGAUGAUUGUGUGUUAUAUCUACUUCACGAGGAUCAUCGCUAUCCUGCUGAAAGUCACUGUUCCCUUCCAGUGGCAGUGGUGCCAAGAGUUUCUGAUAGAGGUUUCUACUCUGGUGUUCUUUGUGUUAACGGGCUUUAAGUUCCGGCCAGCAUCUAAUAACCCGUAUCUUCAGCUGCCUCAGGACGAGGAGGACCUGGAGAUGGACGAAGUUGUGACAGAGUCAGGUGUGUUGGAGGGCAUCUCAAAGGUGAAGAAGACGUCCAAUAGCCGAGAGAGACAUAGAGAGCCUGCCUUGUGAUGUUGACACUCCAGGGGGAGGAGCCUGGACUGUUAAACUCCACCCCCUUUAUUCAGCCAUUCCACUUAUAGUUGCUUCCAAGACAUCUACAGAAGCAAUCAGCUAUCAGCUAUGCAAGAGGGGGGAGAAAAACAGGGGUUUGUGUGUGUUUGCGUGUUUGUUUGUGUGUGUGUGCUGGUGUGUGUGUGCGCGUGUGUGCAUGUGUUGGUGUGCGUACGUGUGUGUGUGUGUGUAAGAGAAAGGAAGUUCUAAACUCUUCUGAGGAAAUCAGAAGAUCUGGGGACGGAGAGCAGAGCCAAGAGGCAAAGUUUCAUGGAUUUAUCUUCUUUUCCUCACUUUGACAUCAUUAAUCUGAUCUCCCCCCUGACUUACUCUCUCCUCCUCCUGUGUGUUUUUCUGUGUAUCCAAAGAUUUACAGUUAUAGAAUAAUUACAAAUCAUUAUUUCUUUAAAGGAACAGUUUAGCCAAAAAUGAAACUCUAGUAGCCCAAAGCCAGUCGAUCAUCCCAGCGCUAUGCCUUUUCUUUCCUACAGAAUUUUCUUACAGGCUCCACGAGGCUAAUCCCUCAUGAUUUACCUAAACAAUUUGCCAUUAAUUGUUAGCAUUAGCCUUGUAACAGCAGAAAAUUGAUUGUGGUGAAGAGGAAGUCGAUGUUUAAUUUUUGUUUGAACUGUCCGCUCUUAAUUUAGCGAAAUCUUUCUUCUUCAUUAUUUAACUGAUGAUUUUUGUGUGUUUAUGGUUGUAAUUAUGCUCUUUCUGAUGGUGUGCAUUGAUAUUUUCUGACUUCAUCUGCCCCUGAACCCCAGCUAGAAGCUUAGAGAAGUUUGUGUUUCUGAUGUCCCCUCGUUACCAGUCAUCUUCAUUAGUUCAAGGAAAGUUUGUACGAUGAGGAUGGAAUCUGCAUCACUGUAGACCUCACAUUUAUGCGAUUCCUUCCAAAAUGGUGUUAAAUUAAUAAAGUACAUUUGUCUCAUCUCUCUGCUGGACCUUCACCCCAUGUCAAAGUAAAGUACAAGAGACACCAUAAACCAAUCAGGCAGCUGUCAUGCUCGCUCGACAGAAUGCUAGGAAGCGACCCAAUAUAAGUGCACAUGUGGGAGUUAUAGAUGUUAAACACUUAAAUAGUAGAAAUCAGUAUUGAUCCUGAGCUCAAUUCGCUCCAGAUCCAGAAUUACGUGGAUUAAUUCGGUGAUUUUGACCCAUUGAACACAAAGUUAAAACACGUGAUCUCAACAAGCUAUUUUUAGUUAUUUCUAGAAGACCAAAAAUACUAAUAACUUUUGGGCUUUGUGUGCUUUAUGUUCUAUGAGAUGUUGGUGUUCUGGAUCAGGGACCUGCUAGUCUGGGCUGCAGAGACUCGGAUCAUAUCACGUUACCAAAUGUUUACCACUUUAUUAACAUUAAUAGAGAUGUGAAGCAUUGUUACACGUUAGUGGUCCUGUUUCAGUCACGACUUGAAAAGUUCAUUAAUAUACAGUAGGUGUUAAUGACCGCUAAUAUUAUAUAUGGUUAAUAUUUAAGGAAACGAUGACUCACAGAGCUGUAAUGAUGGAAAUCUUUAUAGCAUCGUCACUCCACUCCAUCGUCACUCCAAAAUAGAGCAGUAUGAUGUCCUGAAUAACAACUGAUGCUGUUCUGAUGGUCACUGUGACUCACAGUUUCGGACAUUUAUGAGUAUUUUUUCAUCACAUUAUUGGUUUUCAUGUUCUUUGUGUGUGUGUGUGUGUUUAUCUGGUUUUCUUUUCUAUGUAACCCUCUUGGUCCACUCGAUGUAAACUCCUGAAAAACAUCCACUUUUAACAUCUAGAUGAAUCACGAUGGCUACUGUUCAGGGGCUAAGAGCGAUUAAAGGGCUGUGAAUUUUGUAAACAUGUCGUGCUGGCUUGUUUUUCCUCGCUAGCUAAAGUGACGAUAUUUUGUUCAAGUGUAAGGAUGACCUUUAAAAUAAAAGGAUGUGAAAAUGUGUGUUUUUAA